GGCGUUACGAGAAAACAAUAAUGCAGAUUUUGUGUUGCCAACAUGUUAAUCAUAGUAGAACAACAAUAAAAACCUCACUCCCUGUAGCGAUGACUGGCGUUUAAAAAGAAGGGUAGCAAGUGGUUUAGCUUUUUUUGUUUUGAUCAUUUUUUAGUUCGACACGUUUCUUGUGCAUGUAGCUACAAAAAGAUGGCUCAUUUGGUUUUCAUGACCCAGUACGUAGCCAGUUGUUUUAUAUAUUUUGCCCAAAUCUUGAAAAUCGCCUCUCUGCUCUGUGGUUUGUGGGCACGUUGAGGCUCGUUAUGUGACAUCUGUCCUUGACGCGAAUAGGUGUGUCCUCACUGUCCCUGUCCCGAUUGAUCAUUUCUUUGGUCACUUGCUAUUGUGAUGAUGAUGAUGAUGAUGAUGUGCUGUCAUACUUCAGCCAAAGACAUAAAGACUUCUGUUGCACCACACGUUAAUAAUCUACACUGAUUUAAGAGUCGUUAGUUUGACUGCGACUUUACAUGAAUCGGUGGUUGGGUUUAGUGCUGUGAAAUGUGACAUCCGGACGAGACUCUGGGAAGUACCUAUAGCCCUAUAAAUGCUUAACGCUACCCUUACGUACGACACACUGCGCUUCGGUGAGUUUGAAGAAUUUCCGGAGACCGCGGAGCCCGUGUGGAUUUUAGGGAGACACUUCAGCGCACUAACAGAAAAGGACGAGAUCCUCUCUGAUGUUUCUUCGCGUCUGUGGUUCACGUACAGGAAAAACUUCCAACCAAUUGGAGGAACGGGCCCCACGUCAGAUACUGGCUGGGGUUGCAUGCUUCGGUGCGGGCAGAUGAUCUUAGCUGAGGCCCUGGUCUGCAGGCAUCUAGGCCGAGACUGGAGGUGGCAUCGGGGCCAGCGUCAGAGAGAGGAGUAUGUCAGCAUCCUCAGUGCUUUUAUCGACAAGAAAGACUGCUAUUACUCUAUACAUCAGAUUGCCCAGAUGGGCGUCGGAGAGGGGAAAUCUAUCGGCCAGUGGUAUGGACCCAACACAGUGGCGCAGGUUCUCAAGAAGCUGUCCAUUUUCGAUUCUUGGAGCCGAUUGGCUGUUCAUGUAGCCAUGGAUAACACUGUGGUCAUCGAGGAGAUAAACCGUGUCCCGCAUCGUCCUGUCUCAGAGAGGCUGUGUAUGCCUUGGUUGGACUAUGCGGGGGCCGCCUGCUCCGAGCCGGAACCUGACCCGCAGCGGGGGCUCAACGGCUGCCUGGAGGGGGCAUGCGCCAUGGCCGUGGAGGAGAUGGUGCUGUGGAAGCCACUGGUACUGCUGAUCCCGCUACGCCUGGGCCUCAGCGACAUCAACGAGGCCUACAUGGAGACGCUGAAGCAGUGCUUCAUGCUGCCUCAGGCUCUUGGCGUCAUAGGAGGGAAACCCAACAGCGCUCACUACUUCAUCGGCUUUGUGGGUGAGGAGCUCAUCUACCUGGACCCCCACACCACCCAGGUUGCUGUGGAGCCAUCCCAUGAUGGUCAGGUGCCGGACGACACCUAUCACUGUCAGCAUCCGCCGUGUAGGAUGAACAUCCGGGAGCUGGACCCCUCCAUCGCAGUGGGCUUCUUCUGUCAGACGGAGGAGGACUUUGAUGACUGGUGUAUGCGCAUCCGAAAGAUGUCCUGCAGCAGAGAGGCCCUCCCCAUGUUUGAGCUGGUCGACAGUCAGCCAUCACAUUAUGCCAGUGCUGACGUGCUCAACCUAACCCCAGAUUUCUCUGACUCAGACCGGCUGGAGCGGUUCUUUGACUCCGAGGAUGAGGAAUUCGAGAUCCUGUCUCUGUGAAGCAGCGUGUUUCCAUACUCGAGUACGGAGAGACCUUGUGGGUGGCGCAGUGGGGGAGGGAUUUGGGGGGGGGGG